AUGAUAAUGCCGACUUCAGCAACAUCCUCUACGACAUCAGAAUCAACAACAACGGUAACAACUUCAACAGCGUCCUCUACGACAUCAGAAUCAACAACAACGGUAACAACUUCAACAGCGUCCUCUACGACAUCAGAAUCAACAACAACGGUAACAACUUCAACAGCGUCCUCUACGACAUCAGAAUCAACAACAUCAGUAACAACUUCAACAGCGUCCUCUACGACAUCAGAAUCAACAACAUCAGUAACAACUUCAACAGCGUCCUCUACGACAUCAGAAUCAACAACAUCAGUAACAACUUCAACAGCGUCUUCUACGACAUCAGAAUCAACAACAUCAGUCAACAGCGUCUUCUACGACAUCAGAAUCAACAACAUCAGUAAACUUCAACAGCGUCCUCUACGACAUCAGAAUCAACAACAACUGCAACUACUGUAA